GGAAGGGGCUGGACAGUCGUGGCGGCGGUUCCUUGUGCAUUUGAUAGUGUUUCUUCGGUGGCUGGCGGGCGGAUUUCUCGGUGGCAUCAUGGUUGAGGAGGUACAGAAGCAUUCUGUGCAUACACUAGUGUUCAGGUCAUUGAAAAGGACCCAUGACAUGUUUGUAGCUGAUAAUGGCAAACCUGUGCCUUUGGAUGAAGAGAGUCACAAACGAAAAAUGGCAGUCAAACUUCGCAAUGAGUAUGGCCCUGUGUUGCAUAUGCCUACUUCAAAAGAAAAUUUUAAAGAGAAGGGCCUUCAAAAUGCAGCAGACUCCUAUGGUCACAAGCAGUAUCCUGCCAAUCAAGGCCAGGAAGUUGAAUAUUUGGUGACAGGUACGCAUCCAUAUCCACCAGGCCCUGGGGUUGCUCUGACAGCGGACACGAAGAUUCAGAGAAUGCCGAGUGAAUCGGCUGCACAGUCUGUGGCGGUGGCGCUGCCCUCUGCUCAGAGCAGGGUUGAUGCAAAUCGAACUACACCUGGUGGAAAUGAAUACCGACAUCCCGGGGCUUCUGACCGGUCACAGCCUCCAUCCAUGACUGCAGUUUUGGAGGCUUCCAAUGCCAAGACCUCUGCACUGAUGGCCAAAAAGGCCCCCACAAUGCCGAAACCCCAGUGGCACCCACCUUGGAAACUCUACAGAGUUAUCAGUGGGCACCUUGGCUGGGUUCGAUGUAUUGCUGUGGAGCCUGGAAAUCAGUGGUUUGUUACUGGGUCUGCGGAUAGAACUAUAAAGAUCUGGGACUUGGCUAGUGGCAAAUUAAAGCUGUCAUUGACUGGGCAUAUCAGUACAGUUCGUGGUGUGAUCGUAAGCUCAAGGAGCCCUUACCUGUUCUCUUGUGGAGAAGACAAACAAGUGAAGUGCUGGGAUCUUGAAUAUAAUAAGGUGAUAAGACACUAUCAUGGACAUCUAAGUGCCGUGUAUGGCUUGGAUUUGCAUCCAACAAUAGAUGUGCUGGUAACUUGUAGCCGAGACUCAACUGCACGGAUUUGGGAUGUGCGAACCAAAGCCAGUGUGCACACAUUAUCUGGACACACGAAUGCAGUUGCCACUGUGAGAUGUCAAGCUGCAGAACCACAAAUCAUUACUGGAAGCCAUGACACUACAAUACGAUUAUGGGACUUGGUGGCUGGAAAAACAAGAGUCACACUAACAAAUCACAAAAAAUCAGUACGGGCCGUGGUUUUACAUCCAAGACAUUACACAUUUGCAUCUGGUUCUCCAGAUAACAUAAAACAGUGGAAAUUCCCUGAUGGAAGUUUCAUUCAAAAUCUUUCUGGUCAUAAUGCCAUUAUUAACACAUUGACGGUGAAUUCUGAUGGAGUGCUGGUAUCUGGAGCCGACAAUGGCACGAUGCAUCUCUGGGACUGGAGAACUGGCUAUAAUUUCCAGAGAGUUCAUGCAGCUGUGCAGCCUGGGUCUUUAGACAGCGAAUCAGGAAUAUUUGCCUGUGCUUUUGAUCAGUCUGAAAGCCGAUUACUGACAGCAGAGGCUGAUAAAACCAUUAAAGUGUACAGAGAGGAUGAUACAGCGACAGAAGAAACCCAUCCAGUCAGCUGGAAACCAGAAAUUAUCAAGAGAAAAAGAUUUUAAUGUAACUUUGUCUUCGUGGUGGUUCUACUUUCUUUUCUUUUUUUUUUUUUAAAACUCCCCUGACCUUGGCUUGAUGGGGAUAUCUAGUUAUUUUGUGUUCUGACUAGGAUUGUAAAGUGGAAACUCAUUUGUUCAUAUCAUUGCUGCGUCAUCAUAUUUUACAAUAAACUGUUCCCUGCC